AUGUCGGUCGGCGCUUUCUGCGGCUGUUGUGGGGGCCCCUUUGAGAGGUACGAUACCGAACCGACAUUCGAUCCGGUGCCAUGGCAUCGCAAGGCUCGAGCUGUCCGUGUUGACGAGAGCCGUUGCCAUGUUACGCUGUCUCCGGUUGGCUACGCACAUGAGUUCCAUAUUUCAGUCAACAACAAUGGAGACGUAGAUCCCAACACCAACUUUCCGCCCUUGGUGGACGAGGAAUCGGAUGAGGUUGAAGAAGUCUCGCUCUUUCACGAUCCCAACACCUAUCGGCCCCAGGCCUAUGGAGUGCAUGACCUCUGCUGGAAAUUUUUCAAGUACCGUGUCAGAUGCAACCUGCCAGCCGAGUCGGAAGAUGCCAAGCUCGCUGAGACGCUGUUUUGGCAGUUUGACAACUUGCCCAGGGCCAGUUUUCAUUGCCUGGUGCCUGACAACCACUAUCAUGGAGCGACAAACCUGAGAAAGGAUGAAGACGAGCUUCCAAUUUUGCUCGAGGAUCCAACCGAAGUGCUGCCCCUCCCCAGCAACAGUGCCAGGCUUGGCAAAGCAUCCUGUUCAGACCUGGAUUUGGUCAAGCAUGAUUCCCCAGAAAAUGUCUUUGAUCGAAUUCCCCAGGAAAUCAUCUGCCAGAUUCUUGGAAAUCUAUCUUCUAAGGACUUCUCCAAUGUUCGACUGGCUUGUCGCACUGUCGCGUCAGUAUCUACUCACAUGUUGUUACCUCAGAAAUUCUGGGCGACCAGAUUUGCGCCGCCUCAGGAGUUUGGGUUUGUUUUCGCCCACGAGAAGCCUCACGAAUCGGAGACCAGGAAACCGUGGCGCCUCCUCUAUCAACAGUAUACCGAAGCUCUAAGAACUGAGGAGGGACUUCAAGGGAUCCGGAAUCGGCAGCGCAUGUACCUUUGCGUGGAAGAUUUCGCCCUCGCGACUGAGCACCUGCUUCAUCCAGAUACACGUUGUCUCACAGACAGCGAAGAGUUCAAAAGUUCUAUCCAAGAUGUAACUCCAAAUGCUCCGACCAGAUUUUCGUUCUCAUGUCCUCGGUUGAUUGACUCGGAAUUCCGUGAGCCUCAACUAAGACGUGGUGUGCAGCCAAUCGCGAGAAUGCAAAUCAAUCUUGUUGCGCCGCCUCCUGCUGUAUCGCUAAAAUUAUCUGUUUCUCUUGUACACUUUAACGGCAAGGUGUACAUCUCAGGGUUUAGAUCUUAUUGUCUAGAUCAUUCCGGCCAAGCUUCUGGCCCCGUUAGCAUUGGGACAAUCAUUCCAUUAACGGAAGAGCACAUCGAGAUACAGUCAACUGAAAAGAUUGUUUCUGUCGAAGUCACAGCUUCGGAUCUGGGCAUCCAUGGCCUAGUAUUCCACCUUGAAAACUGCGAUGAGGCGACUUCAGUGGCCGUGGGAGCCACCACAUGCCUUGAUGGCUCGUUUGGCAAGACAGUGCUACGAGCGAGAAAGAACGCCACAGGCAUGGAGAUUGAUUUCGAUCAAUUUAAGGCCGUGGCGAUCAAGAUCGUUGAAGACGGCUCUCUUCCGACGGCCAUUAGCUCGCACAUGCUUUGGAAUCCAGCAAUUUUGAAUCUGGAGAGGAGAGCAGAAUUGCAGCCUCCUCUGCUUGGCAUCUAUGAAUACCCGAGCGGGUUUCCUCUUCGCUUAUAUAUGGCGUUUGGUGGUGACAACGGGCAGAAGCUGUCAUCCUUGAAUCGCAUCACAGCUUAUGUGUAUUCUCGCACAGGUUUCCACGGCUUUCGCUUUGGUUAUGACAAUAGCGAAGACAUAUUCAUUGGGAGGGAUUCCGUUCUCGAGGAGGAAAAUGGGACGUAUUGGCCCUGUCUUGAACCCACAUUCGCCAUUGACGGAAAGGGUGGUGAACGCAUAAUUUCCUUUGAGGUACGCCGUACACGGAGCUCGACAUACCGCAAGAAGAUCAUUUUUUCCAUUGAGGUCUUUACAAGUACCGGUCGGUGUAUGAACUUUCAAAUACACGACAGCCUUUCCCGACCUCCUGGGAAUCUUUCCUCUCUAAGUAUCUGUGCAUCGGAUGACAAGCUACCGAUAGCAAUAGUUGCUACUUGUGAACCACCACAUACUCCGUGGGAAAGUCUUCAUGUCCUGAAUGGCACUGAAAGGCACCACUGUACAAUUGUAGUCGAAGAAAAUCAACAAUCUCUCCGCACCGGCAAUCGUUUAGAUGUGACCAAAAACUGGAUUCAAUAUUCAGCUUACUGGAUGCUUGGAUCGGGCGGCAGCUGUUUUGGAGGCGCUUCCUUGCGCGGGAUCAAGCGCAUUCGGGUCUCUUCCGGUCUUCGGGGUCGUUCCAGGUCUGCCAAAAACAUUAGCGGACUCUGGAUUGAAUACUAUCAAGGUGAUGAUGUUGUUCUUGGCCAGUGGAUUCAUGAGGUGGGAUCCUUUGACCUUGCAUCGGCCGAGUCCUUGACGCACAUCAGAGUGUGGUCUACUCUGGAAACCGAAACGCCUUUGCGGAUGGAAAGCUUUGGGAAAGUCGUCGGCAUUGGGUUCAUUACAUCUUUCGGCCGGCAGCGCAACUUUCGAAUUCAUUCUCAGCACGACUUCAUACAUAUGCACUGGCGCUCGACACCGUAUGAAGAAUUGCGAGACAUGAUGUGGGCAUUCGGCUCAGACCUCGAUGAAGUCCAAGUGAUACACGAGUCAUUGCUUCCAGAUGAGAAAGCCCUCGUUGGUAUUCAGUUCGUGUACGAUCUCGGGAUUACGACUAGUCUGGGAUCGGUCUUAGGCGAAUGCUACAGCCUGUCUCUUGACGAGGGCGAGAACAUUGUUGUUCUAGCUGUCAAAGAAGAAGAAAACAAAAUUGUGUCGUUGGAGCUGCACACUGAUCGAGGCAAGCAUUUACGAGCUCCAGAAAAUAGCGAGGAUAGCGAAACGCUGGCGGCCGUCUUCGAACUAGACAAACGGUCUGAAUAUGCGCUCAAAGUCGAAGGGGAGCGCAGGUUUGUCUUUUCAUUCCAGCCUGUCAGGGACAUUGGGCCGUGCAUUGGGUUGUGGUUUAUGGCGAUGCAGGAUGAGUGGGAGCUUCGUUUCGAAAGCGCUGGCCCUAUUUUCCUCUCCAGCGAAAAUGGAGACCAAGCUUGA